CACAACAGACUAAAAUUGACGCUCCAUCACCUCGUGUCGUUUGCCCGUUUUGCCGCCAUAUUGCAGUACCUAGGUACUCUUCUCCUUGUCUAUAAUUUUCGGAUAGAUCGUGUCUUUAUGGGCAAGAUAUAACUGGGGAAAUAUUAAUGUGUAUGGCGUUAUAAAAUGGAUACGUGGUCUAAUUUGUGUCGAUGUUGCUUAUCGCCUGAAACCGAAGUGUCAAUAUUAGGAGGAGAUCAAAAUGUCGAGGAAAAGUUUUUGGAAACAACUACUGUUGUUGUUACAGCCGAUGAUGGUCUACCACAAAAGCUUUGUUCAGAUUGCUACAGCAUAAUGACCUCUGCAUACCAGUUCCGCAAACAAUGCAUUAAAAUGGACAGUGAACUGAAAGUUCAACUUAAUGCACUGUUAGCACAAGUGCAAGAAGAAACAUACGCUCAGGAAAUUGAGCAGGAUUCGAGUAAAAGUCAAAAUAAAAUAGAUGAUGACUUGGCUUUUGCGAAUGAUCCUCUGAAACAAUUAGAGAUGAUAAUAAAAAAAGAACCGACUGAUAGUGAUGACGAUUACUAUUACGUUGUAGUCAUUGAUGACGACAAAGAGAAAGAACCCAAUUUGAAAGAUGUCAAGGAACCAAAUAUUGACCCUGUAAUCAAACAAGAGGUGAUAGAAACGCCACAGCCAGAAGAACUUCAAGUGGAACAAUCGGUUUCUGAACAAUCCACUGGAUUUGAUAAACUGGACUCUUUAGACUUAUUCAUCAUGUCUAAUCCCAAAAUUCCUAUCAAUGUGCCAGCUACAAUUCUGGAAAAUGAAGAGGAAGGGCAGGAUAUGGAUGACAAUGACAAUCAAGCCAUGGAUAUAGAAGAAGCAAUUGAUGCUUCUGGACAAACACAAAUACUCACAACCAUAGAAGAUUCUCAAGAUGCUACCGAUGGCAUUCAGACUUUAACAGGAGAUUUGGUCACUGAUUUGAAUCCUAAAAAUUUUCUUAAAAUCAUGACCACAACUGGCGCCGAAGGUGGAGCAAUACUUCUGAAAGCUGGUGAAGAGAUGCAGUAUCUCACUGGAGCAGAAUUGGUUGCAACCAACGAUGGAGAUCAAGAUCAGGAAGAAGUUAUCUACUAUGAUGGUACAGAGCUAGUUAUAGAAUACUCUGAUGAUGGCCAAAUAGCCACUAUUGUCCAACAGGAAGAUGGCAAGUUCUUGUGUGACUGCGGAGAGCAGUUUGAAGACUUAGGAGAGUAUGAAAAACACCAAUACAAGCAUAACCCUGGGGGUGAACAUCUAUGCAACUUAUGUGGUAAAGGUUUUGAGUCUGCUGAGAUUUUAACUGGCCAUAUGCUGCUUCAUAAAUACACAGGACUGCUAAUAACUUGCCCGUUUUGCAAUCAACUCAUUAGAAGAAAUGCUCUCACUCAACAUAUCAAAUACGGACACAAUAACAUCAAACCCAGAUGCACCAUUUGCUUCAAGACCUUUGCUAACCCAAACAAUUUGAAACGUCACAUGAUGAUUCACAGUGGUGUACGAGAAUUUGAGUGUGACAUAUGCUUUAAAAGGUUCCACCAAAAAAUUACCAUGCAGACUCACAGAUUGACACAUUUAAACCCUUUUUGUUGCAACCAGUGUGACAAGACAUUUGAUAACAAAGUAGAAUUGAUGAAUCACAAAGAAUCAGAUGAUUGUUCCAAAUCAAAGGUGUUGAAAGUAAAAGAAGAAUUAAUGAAAACUGUCAAACAAGAGGUCACUACAAAUCUUGGGAAACUUUUGGGUUAUGCAUGUUCAUUGUGUAAAAAAAUGUUUUCUGUUGAGUCUGCAUUGGAACAACAUGUGGAAAGCACUCAUAUACUGGAUCCUAUGGAACUGUUGUGCUCGGAAUGUGGUGAAGUGUUGCCUUCAAAGAAAGAUAUGCAAUCGCAUGUUAUGACUCACAAAAAUAUGAAAAACAAAAAUGCAAAAAGAUUUGAAUGCAGCAUAUGUGGUAAGGGUUGUUCGAGCCAGGCCAUGUUGAUAAUGCAUGAGCGGGUUCAUACAAAUGAAAGGCCUUUUCCUUGUCAGCUAUGUUCUCUGAGAUUUAAGACUAAAACACAUUUGCGUACUCAUCAGCUCACACAUACAAGAGAGAAGAAAUUUGGCUGUUCUGUUUGCAUGAAAUUCUUUGCACUGAAAGGCAAUCUUGUUGUACAUUUACGUACUCACACUGGAGAACGUCCAUAUGUCUGCUCUUUGUGCGGAGAAGCAUUCAUAGACUCAAAGUAUCUCAAAAAACACAAAUUAAAGAAACACGCCAUCGAAAAUGUACCUUGGAAUAAAUACUAAUGCAAAAGGCCAAAGUUAAUUUAAUUUAUUUUUGUCAGGAUCACAAAAUUUGUGUAGCAUUUUAUUUUAUUUUUGGGGUUAUUGCUGUUGUAAAUAAUUUUAAAUUAUUAUUAAAUUUAGUUUUAAGUUUCCAUGUAGAUCUUUUUCAAUUUUAUAAGACUUGUGUGUUAUUUUAUAGUAGUGUAAAAGACGCGUAUUAAAACAUUUUUUUUACAUGUGAUGCAAUCUGUGGCAUAAUUUCUUUUCUAAACUGGCGAGACAGAAUUAGUUCUUCUCCUAAGAACUCGUUCAUGAAGACAAACUACAACCAGAAUAUGCUUGUUUUUUUUUUAAGUUCUAGAAAACUUAUUUUAUUUUAAAAUACUUAACCUGUAAUUUCAGUACCGCUAUAUGAUUUAAUAUGCAGUAUGUAUGUAUCGUGGUAUGUACUAUGCAAAAUAUAUGCAAUAUUACCAGGAAAUAAACCUUUUUUACAAUUAAA